AGACGACCCUCUCUCGCUGCCAGACAGUCGUGUGUUGGACGCUGAGCUGCGAGGGUGUGUGCACGCCUUCUCUCCUGGGGCUGUGGGUGCACGGUGAUAUAUUGGAGCGAGUUAUUUUUUCGUUUUGGAUUUGAAGUGCGGGGAUGACUGGGAUUUUGAGAGGUGGUGAUCUCUGAUUGCGAGGGCCCAUUUUCGCGCCCGUCCUUUCGUCUCCCUUUUGCGGUUAUUAUGCCUCGCUUUGUCUUUGUUUACAACUUUGAUGAUACGUGUAAUUUGCUCAGACUGAAGUGCCCGGAAGCGUAGCACGAAGGAAUAGAUUUUUUAAAUGAUAAAGCGAUCGAGUUUCAAAAGUACAAAAAGAAAUAUUUGAAAAAAAAGCGAGGAAACAAUCUUUCUCCGCAACCCUUUCAUCUGACUUCAAGAAAUUACAAACAACAACAUGGCCAGCGCUGCAGGAACCCAGUCAAUGCAGCAACAGCAGCAACAACAGCAGCAGCAGCAUUUACAACAACACAUGCAACAGCAGCACCUACAGCAGCAUAUGCAACAACAACAGCAGCAGCAGCAACAGCAGCAGUCACAGCAGCAGCACCAACAUAAGCGUCAGCCUUCAUGCAAGACCAAAAGCGGGUCUGCUGACUAUGCCAAUGUCAGGACCCUAGAAUCAUCACAGACCCAGAUCUUGGAGCGGAUGGUCGGAGAUCGCGUGUGCGUCACCAGGCCCGAGGAGGACCGCAGGAGAAGAACAAUCAUCGUCGAGAAGGAGAAUGGCUCGUUCGGGUUCACGAUACAGAGCUAUGGCAUUCACUACAAGAAGGACGGAGAAAUCGAAGUCAUUACGUAUGUGGACUUUGUCGAGUAUGCCGGUCCAGCGUUCCGAGCUGGCAUGCGCGAAGGUGAUGUUAUUCUCUCGAUCAAUGGCCAUGACAUGGAGAAGGCCGACCACAAGGCUCUAGUCAACUUUAUCCAAGGCUGCGGGGACAGGAUGCGUAUGGUGGUGCUGUUCGAAGAUUGUGUGCACAAGGUGGAACUGCACAUGCGAUACAUCCAGCUGCAACGUCUCCUGCAGGAGAAGAUGUCUGACCUGGAGCGGUUGUGUCACCAGGAGAAGUCUUUGCUGGCUGGUAAGUUGGCGUCAUCCCCUGUGCGUCACGCCUUCAACAUCGCCCACGCCCGCCUGCUGGACUGGUUGAGGGCUCAGCGUCGGCUUCUCCCGCCCGAACGGGACCUCACCUGCCUCAUCCCGACCUCACUUUCCACCUCCACCUCCACCAUCCACAACCUGUCUGCUGCUGCCCACCAUCCACACACCACCACUACUACCCCCCGGCAUCACUCGGGUGCCUCACACUCACACAAGCACCCAGCCACCGUCACCAUGCACGGCCACAUUCACCACACCACUCCCACCACCCUUUCUUGCAGGGAUGACGUCCCUCGCCUCGAAGACCUCGGCAGAGCGUACACGCGAAGGAUGUCGGGUAGAAUGUCGCCGCAAGUCCAUGACAAUAAGAACCAGAUGACAACUGGGGACAUAAAGAAUGAGAGUAGAAGGACGGAUGAGAUCAGUGCUCUAUAUUCACCGUCUUGUAAAGUGAUAAAUGCGAAUAUUUUUCAACAUCAGGAAAAUCAGGGUAAUGUACAGGGCUUCAUGGGGUGGGAUGCAAAUAUUUACUCGGACGGCAGUAUAGAUUCUCACCUUAUUUACGGUUCAAAUGCGAAUAACAGAAUGUCUUGGGGUUUGAAUACCUUCCACGCCAAUCAGACUAACGAAUACCAUAGUUUGCCAUGUUCUGGGAGGACUUCUUAUCCUCCUUUGCCAACUAGUUGCAAUGAUCCUCUGUGCAAUGCAAACCACUCGCCGGGGUUUGCUGUUCAGAAGAGACAACAGGAAGGUGGUGGGGUUACAAUGCAGGACGGGGAGGGUAAAGCUUUCCAGAGCCACCGUCGAGCUCUCAGUGCCGAGGCUUGGAGGUGGCCGAGGGACAGAGACAACUGGCACGAGAUGCAAAAAAGCAGGAAUGAAUCCGUAACACCGUUUUCCACAUUCUUAGGUCUUGAUGCGGUUUCUAAAGAGGGUAAUGUGAUCAUAAAGUCAAAGGGGAGUUACCAAAAAAGGGGGAGCUUACAUAGGAAGGACAGCUUUAAGAAAGAGCAAAUUAUGCAAAAUAGUCGCACCGGGAGGGAUCCAGAUAUGCUGAAGAAGAAAGCGGAGGAUGAUCCUAGGAGGGGUAAAGCCGAAUACAAAAUGAGCCGGGCAUCAUCUGUCUCCUGUAUGCCAAAUGAUCAGUGCCUCAUGUAUGACUCGGUUAUAAAAGAGCUCAAAAGUUCCGUGACUCAGGAACCUCAGAACGGCGAGGGACCGAAGUCUCCCUUCGAGAAAAUGAGUCUUAGUGGCUUAGAAGAGUAUGACCGUAGUCCUAAGCACACGUCAAGCAUAAAGGGACCCACAGAAUUCAACUUCAGCAGUUCUAGUUUGCCACACAGAAAGGGCUCUAAAACGAGAAAGAAAAAAGAUGCGCUACAUCCUAAGAAAUGCAGUUCUUUAGACGAAGACAAACUGACUAGUAUAUUUGGAUCUGAUGAUAAUCAGAAAAUUGAGUAUGGUCUUGAGGAUAACAUAGAUUCUUGUUCUGAGAUUUCAUCACAUGUACGAUCAUCAGAUCUUCAUAUGCACCCAUUUCUGUCUCUGCCGUUUGCAUCUGCAAGAUUCGCGCCUUCUCCCUCGGAGAGUCAUCCUCACAUGGUGCGAGGGGGCUCCUUCCAUGCGCCUUACAGAUCUCGGCAGAACUCGGAGGAGAGACCAAGGAGCCUCUCAAGAUCCAAAAAAUCUCAGGUUUCUUCGAGCACUUCAUGGGAGUCUACUAAAAACACGCACAAGCAGAGGUCCUGCACUUCUCUUUGUGAGGGUUCUGGGGAGAAAAUUAGGGACAGUACAAAUAAGAAGGGCGUGCCACCAAUAUCGCGAUCGGAGUCGCUCAGAUCUUCCCGUGGCUCUUCCACGUCCUUUAUCACGAGAGAAUGUAUAAAAGGCUCCUGCACUCAUAGCACGAAGCCAAGGCAGUCGAAUCGCAUUCCUUUCAAACUAGGUCAUGGUGGGGAAAAUAAGCAGGAAAUCAUAGAUGGAUCUGAUUCUUAUAUAAUGAGCCGAAUUGUAGGUGGUUACAUGAAAGAUGAUAACGUUGGUAAGGAAAAUUUAUCCAAAAGUGGAAGUCCUGCAGCCUGGAAAAAAUCGUGGAGGGACGAUCGGCAGAGAACCCAUCCUCCAGUAAACGAAAUGUUCUCAAAGAAACCAGAAUGGAAUAGCUGCCAUACUGAGAAAAAUAAGCGUAGAAAUGCAAGUCUCUCUCGAAGGGAUGUAGGCCACAAAGAUGUGGAGCGUGAAUCGGAAGCAAGAGGUUGCAUGGGUACAAACUGGAUGUUCCCAUCGCCAAAGAAUGAUGAAACAAGAUCAUGGCAGACGUCGCGUAAGGCCUCAUCCAAGUCUCUGCCUAAACAGAAGUCUUGGCACGCCCGACAAGAGCCAUCCUUACAUCAUCAGCCUCACAAUCGGGAGCACCAGCAGCACCAUGAACGUAAAACUAGACCAAAUUCAUUAUACUCCUGGACUGGAAGUUGUGAAGGUAUCAGUUCUGCAACAGAUCACUCUGGAAGGACUGUAGUAUCCGCACGCUCUCGGUCUCUUUGCACUGAUUCACUCGUUACUCCAGCACGUGAAGUAAAUAAUUCUGCAGGAGAUGUGUAUCGCUUUGCUCCAGCCCCACAGGAGCCAAGGCUGCGUUCAGAUUCUAUGGAAGCACGCUGGUCCUCAGACAACUCCCUAGAGGAUCGACCACCCGACCGUCGAGGUGCUACCACUAACUAUGAUAGUCUAUACUCAGAGAUAUCCAGUGAGUCAUCUGUAUAUGGCACACCUCAGCCUAGGGACUGUCUUGUACCUCGAGAAGACAGAGGUGUCUUGUCAGAUGAUGAAGCUUCUGUUGACCUUGAUGCUACUCCUCGCACCCGGAGGAAUGUUGCCCCACGUCGACGGAAGUCUCAAGGGUGCAGAUCAAGUGACGACGUACCAAGGGCAGUCAGAGCAGUGGGGGAGAGGAAUGCCUUUACCCCUCCUGCAACAUCAUACCCAUCAUCCUCAUGGCCUGGCAUGUCUACCAGAAUGUCCUCCCCUGCCUCUAGUUCCCCAAGUGGUGAAUGGUUCCAGGCUGCAGAGGUGAGCCGGACAGUGGGGGCACUGGCUGACUCCCUUACCGCAUACCGUGCCAACCUUCACUUCUCUGUAGUUCUUACCUACUUGCCAUCAGUUGGACUGAUCUACAGUGAUGCUGUGUUUAUGGCCACAGUCAUGAUGAGAGCAUUCAGAUCUCAGUACAUCCUAGCACAUCCUCCAUCUGAGAUUGACGCUUCAUUGCCUGGUAUGGUGGUUUCUUCCUCAGCAUGGAGAGCCCAGGGUUUCCGCAUCCCCCAGCACCCGGUGUCCGGCCGUCCACACCAGCACCUGUACCAUCACCAUCACCACCACCAGCACCACCACCACCACCACCACCGGCAACUGCUUCCUGCCUCCAGCACCACCUCAUCCCCCCUGCCUACCUCCUCUAGGGUGCUGCCCCCACCCAUCCAGUAUCGCAUACCCCCUGCCAGCCCUUGUAGUGCCCAGAACCCCAUAAGACCCCCACAAGAUCAAUGGGGUGCAAUGUCCUCCACCAACUCCCAGUCUCAUGCCCCUUCACCACUUCAUCACCAUCGGCAGCACCAACAACAACAGCAACAACUACAACAACAACAAUAUCUCCAACUCAACUGUUCCCCUGGUGCUGUCCGGAGGCCACAUGUGUCUUCUGAGUGUAGCUCUCCAGCCCAAACUAUUCACACUCCUCUUGGCUCUGUACCAUCUGUCGCUCAGCAGCAAUGGCAACAGCGUAAACCACACUCUUGGGAUAACUUGCUUUCCACAAGGGCAUUUGGUGGAUAUGGGUUUGGCUAUGGGUUUAUUGAUACGAUCCCCCCUCGUGGAGCUGGCAGGGGUGAGAAGUUGCGGUCAGUUAGCACCCAUCGCUUGAGGGAGGAGGACAAGGAAAAUGUGGCAGGCGGUGGGGGAGGGGUGCGACCUUCGCCGCGAUCAUCAGAGAAUCUUGUUUCCCCUCUGGAUGGCUCCUGCUUUUCUUGUGACUGCUUAAAUCUCGAUCCAGCACCUCUUCACACAUGCCUCUUUUCCAAGCCUAAGAGCACUGAAAGCCUCUUGGCACCACGUUCCCUCCACCCUGCUGCCUCUGACUCAAGCUUGGCAGGAGAUCCUCAACAUACUAGGCGACGUUCUCGAGCUGCUUCCUUAGCUGACUGCCUUGGUGCCACCAGACACUCUCCUCCAGACCAGGAUGAAAUGACGCACCUCCAGUCCCUUCUUACAAGGAUAAAUGAUAGAAUACCCUUCAACAAAGACAGCUUUGCACCUUGUAUCAUACCCAAUAUUGAUUUUAAAAAUAUUGUAGUGAAGAUGGGAGUCAGUGAUCUUAGGCUAGACAAAUGGCUUACUUUAGAUGUACUGGUACAGUCUCAGCUGAUAUUCUGCAUACGCCAGAAUAUUGGAAGCGUCGAGAGCCAGACUGGGCCCCGGGAAUAUCAGCAGUCCCUUCUGCUUCCAAGGGCACCGCUAAGCGUUAAUGUAUCAUCUGCUAAUUUGACUCUUAUAUGCAAAUCACAUAGUCCCCAUUGGCAUAUGUCACGGAUAGAAGAGUUGAGACUGGAGGUUCACAGACUUGGAAGUGGAAGGCAGCACACACGCACGCAGCACACACGCACACAACACACAUACAACACACAUACAUCAUACAUACAACAGACACAACACACACAAUCAUAUAGAAAGAGUAGGUAAUUGAAAUUAUUACAAACUACCAAGCGAUAAUAAGACACAUCCAUGAAACUUCUUUCAAAAGUAUAUAUAUAUAUAUAUAUAUAUAUAUAUAUAUGUAUAUGUAUAUAUAUAAAUAUAAAUAUAUAUAUAU